CACGGACCAGUACACAAGUGACGGAACGACAAGUCUUUGAAACGUGUAAGACGCUUAUCAGCGUGAUGGUAAUCUUCUCCGACUUCUGUCUAGUCCACACCCCGCACCUCGGCGAGAGACAUCAUGCUGACCUAUGCCUCAGUCAAUCAGAACCUUCAGCCUCCGACACAGGAAGAAAGACAGCAAGGACCUCAGCGUUCCCGACGCCGGCAUCUUGAGGAGGACAAUCUCGCCUGGCAGCGAUCGGUUGAGCAUAGCGAGCACCGCCGUGGGUGACGCAUCCUCCGACCCAAGGGGACCUCUUGGCUUGAACCUUCUCUACGCUCCGUCCAAGCCUCUCUUUGACUUCGUCUUCGUCCACGGCCUUGGGGGAGGCUCUCGGAGGACAUGGAGCAAAACCAAUUCAAUCAGUCAUUACUGGCCUGGAGAAUGGCUACCUAAGGAUCCUGCUUUCAAGGACGUCAGGAUCCACAGUUAUGGCUAUGACUCGGACUGGGCCAAGGGAAACGACAACUGUCUCAACAUCCAUCACAUCGGCAAGUCUCUGUUGGGGGAGCUUUCAACUUCCCCUCACAUUGCCGACAGCGACACAUCCUUGGUGUUAAUCGGCCACAGUAUGGGUGGCCUGGUUAUCAAGAAGGCAUACAUGCUGGCUCACCAGGAAAGCAAACCUCUCGCAGAGCGCGUCCGAGCUAUUUAUUUUCUCGGAACCCCUCACCGAGGCUCUGAUUCGGCACGGCUGCUCAAGAACAUCCUCCAAGUGGCAUCGUCAGCUCCUGGUUUCGUCACGGAUUUGGUUCGGGGGUCCGGUGCCCUUCAAUCGACCAACGAUGAAUUCCGUCGGUACUCUGCCGACGUGGAGUUGUGGUCUUUUUACGAAACACAAAAGUUGAGGACCGCAGGAUUGAGUACCCUCAUUGUCGACCCCGAGUCGGCGACCCUAGGGUAUCGAGAAGAGAAGCAGAUGCCCAUGACCGCAGACCAUCGGUCUAUCUGCAAGUUCGAUGACCCUUCAGACCAGAACUAUGUCAUUAUACGGAAUGCCCUUGCCUCUACAAUUAAAAGAAUUGAUGCAGAAAAAAUCGAGAGCAACGCUCUCGCUCAACGAGGCUCAAUACGCACCCUUGCGUCCUUUCUCGGCGCGACGAAUCAAGGAGAAGAUGAUCUUUUCGCAGUUCAGGAUGCUCGAGUCCCUGGAACAUGUGAAUGGAUUUUGGAGAAACAGACUUACAACGAGUGGAAAGACCUCCAGCAUGAUGCACCCCCUAUCCUUUGGUUCGGCGGGAAACCUGCCACAGGCAAGUCGGUCCUCGCCGGCUUCGUUGUUGACGACCUUCGACAGUCACACAUGCGAUGCAGCUACUACUUCUUCAAGCAUGGCGACACCUUUAAGUCUAAGCUAAGCGCCUGCCUUCGGUCGCUUGCUUAUCAAAUGGCUUCGGCCGAUACCGGGAUACGGGAAUCGUUUAUCAAACUUCAAGAGGACCGCUUGCGGCUUGAUCACGACAACGAACGGAAUCUUUGGAGAAGUCUCUUUACAACGGAACUUUUUCGUGGUGCGACCGUCCCUCACUACUGGGUGAUCGAUGCCUUGGAUGAAUGCACCAAUUUCGCCCCGUUUCUGGAUUCGAUGCUGUCGAAGGUGGAUACAAGCCUUCAAUUACGAAUAUUCAUCACAAGUCGCGAAACGCCAGAAUUGUGUCGUCUCUUUGCUGGCCUCGGACCUCAACGACAUAGACAGGGGCACGUCUCCGCGGAUGAGACACUUCCGGACAUUGAACGCAUUGUCACGGCCAAGGGUGAAGCUUUCUUCACUGAAAGUGUGGAAAGCCGAGAGGCCCUCGAAAAACGAAUCAUCGAGAAGUCCAAGGGGUCGUUCUUAUGGACGAUGCUGGUCCUUGAUGAGCUCUCUGCGGCAUUCAGCCAAGAAGACAUCAAACGUGUCCUAGACGAAGUGCCCCGGGGCAUGGAACCGCUUUACCAGCGUGCACUUGACACAAUGGCCCUUGCAACCAGAGGGAAACCCCUAGCCAAGGCGAUCCUGAUUUGGACGACGUGCGCCAUGAGGCCCUUGGAACUCAGGGAACUGCAAUGGGCGCUAGAAACUGAGUUGAUGGACAAGUUCCCCAAGUUAGGCGAGUCUAUCAGGAUGUUGUGCGGUCAGUUCGUCACCGUCGACAAGAAUGGCCGAGUACACAUGGUUCAUGAAACUGCACGUGAGCUCUUGCUCAGCGACGAACUGGAUUCUGAGUUCGCUGUCAACCGGACUGAAGCUCACACACGAAUCGCCAAGGUGUGUCUCGAGUGUCUAACUAGAGACGAACUGAAACCGCGAAGGACAGAGAGGAAAGCACCAAGUCUUCCGCGCCCAAGCAAAACUCCCGAGUUUUUAGGUUACGCCACCACCACCUUCUCAUCUCAUCUCGCAAAGGCGGACCCUACAACUGACCAUGUCUUAUCACUCGUCGACAAGUUCCUGAGGCUCAAUGUUCUCACUUGGAUCUGCAAUAUCGCUGAGACUGGGAGUCUUGGGCUGAUGAUUCGAGCUGCCGAGGAUCUGAAGGUCUACGCAACUUCCUGCAUGGUGGAGCGAUCACCUCUUAGACGCGACAUUCAAAGAUUGCGGUCAUGGUCUGUAGAUCUGCAGAGAGUUGCGGCCAAGUUCGCCGAUGCACUGAUCUUGUCGCCGUCAUCCAUUUACUCCCGCAUCCCCCCUUUUUGUCCCACGGACUCGGCAAUCCGUACAAUAGCGGCACAAGGACAGAAAUUGUCCGUCACUGGCAUCCCCGCCUUUCGGUGGGACGAUCGACUGUCUUGUCUCGACUUUGGCGACAGUCAAACUAGUGCUCUCUGCUACGGGGAUGAAUUCCUUGCGGUAGGCCUGAGAGGCGGCCAGGCCAUCCUAUACCACCUUGAAUCCUCCCAGGAGUACCGGAGUCUGGAACAUGGGGAAACGGUCCUGCACCUGCAGUUUCGGGAAAAGUCCGACAUGUUGGCAUCUGCCGGGCUCAGAAUGAUCCGCAUCUGGAAUGUCCGCACAGGACAAAAACUUCACCAACUGCUAUCCCCUCGCAGGUCUAUUGGAUUAGUCUUCCAUAAUAGCCUGCUGAUAGCAGCAUCAACCGGGAAUGAAAUACACUCCUGGGACUUGGACCGCGAAACACCUGAGCAAACCAAGAGGCCGUGGCGAGACUGGGCACAUGAUGGAGCGCCAACUCUGAACCGCCCGCCCUCGGCCAUCUCUAUCGCUGUCGAGCACCAGAUGAUGGCGGUAGCGUACAGUGGAAACCCCAUCACUGUCUGGGACUUCGAACAGGACGCAUACUACGGCACCUGCGGCAAGAAACUGCCGUCCGGCGAGACAUCUACACACCCAGUUGUGGCUCUUGUGUUCAAUCCGAAUGCCAGAAUUGAGCUCCUUGCAGCCUCGUAUCUGGACGGCGAGCUUGUCAUUAUCGAUCCUUUUACUGAUGAGGAAGUAGUGAAGCAACGAGUCAGCUGCCACACUCUUGCCGCUAGCCCCGACGGACGGCUACUUGCCGGCGGCGGCGCAGGCGGAGUCAUCCAGAUCUUUGAGUUCGACACCUUACGGCUGCUCUAUAAAGUCAAAUCAUCCGACAUCUUUAUCAAGACGCUGGCGUUUAGCCGAGACGGUUUCAGCCUUGCUGAUCUGAGAGGAUCCCAGUGCAAUAUCUGGAUACCUCCCGUCCUGCUGGAGGCUGGCUCUCUUGACGAAUCACUCAGCGUUGACACAUCAAGCACCUCCGGAGAAUUUUAUCAAACGGGCGACAAAGUCAAAAUCACGGCCCUGGCCAUGAUACCGGACAAGGGUGGGAUCCUGUGCGGCAAAGACAACGGCUCAGUCUUCAUGUAUGACAUUAACAGCGGCGACCAGACCAGCCAUUUGUAUUCUCACGCGGACGCGGUAAACACCCUGGCUUGGCUACCGCAAACCAAGACAGUCUUGUCGACUUGUCGCUCAAACGGCAUCAUGGCGUGCUCACUCGAGGGGUCCCCAUCCCCUACAGCCUGGACGGUCGCGGCUCGGAUCAUGGACACGCGGCUAGACUGCAACAGCACCAUUGUGCAUUUGUUGCCUGGCGGAAAUACAGACAAGUUCAUAGCCUCUACCCACAAAUCGGACCAUCUGUGGAACCUCGGUGCUGGAAAAGAGGAGUUGGUCCUGAGUUAUGACGACUACCCGCCGCGGAUGUGGCUACAGCACCCACGUUCCGAAUCCCACGCCAUUUGUGUCAAACAGAACGCCGUUCAUAUGUACCGCUGGCUGGAUCUCUCACAAGUCGUCUCAGUUUCGCUGGAAGAAUACAACCUGACCGGACUCAGCGCGAAAGCGGCCUUCUUUUGCGGUUUGCCGGGAACGAUCUUACUCGAUCUGGCGGACGCAAACGGAUCAACUGGGACUAAAGACGUGUUGCUUCUGGAUUGCGGCUUCCUUCCCGAGGGGGAUGGGGACAGUACCGCUGAACAACCUCCAAGCAGCGCAGACAACAUGCUCCAUACAUUGAGAGACCAACAUGUUGGCCCGUCAAUGAAGCCAGGCAUACUAUCAAUCACCCGGCUCGAACCCGUCACUUACCGGAUUGGUCAUGUCAUUGGCAUCAUUCAUCACCCAGCCAAGCGCUCCAGUAAACUCGUCUUCCUCGACACGCGCUCCUGGGUGUGCUCGGUUGAAUUGAAUGAAUCGAGAGCCAGCGCGGGAAGCAUCUCGUCAUACACGCGGCACUUCUUUGUGCCGUACGAUUGGUUUGCUGGGACGCGCUGUCCCGUCGGCGCGGUCACCGACCAAGGGACCGUUGUGUUUGCAAAGCGAGGAGAUGUGGCUGUCAUUCAGGGCGGCUUGGAGUAUGCCGAAGUGGUCAGACUGUCGCCGCUGGCGGGUGACGCUCGUGGUUAUCAGGAGAGAGCCGGUGUUUUAUCCCACAGGCACUAAGUACGGUAGUUAAUGAUGUGGAAUGUCUAUGUGGUCACUCAUUCACCAUGGUGGGGAGGCGCCGCGUCGGGUGAACGUCUAGUCUGCAGAUGAGGCUGUAAUCAAUUCGUACCUCGUAUGUACUGUACUUUGUUGCGCCGGGCCGUCGCCGUAUGCUCCGAGAUCCAUGAGAUUGGCAGAAACCCCAACAGAUCUAUAUCAACUAUGACAGAGC